AUGAACAUGGUCACGACAAGGCUCCUGAGGAUACCGCAAUUGAGAAGAACUCGCAGACUACCGACCUUGAAGCCCACCGUUUGCGCGAGGACGACACAUAAUGAUGCGCGUUUUAGAGCCGCUAACGACCCUCGCCAUAUGUUUACCGGUUUUGGCGGGAUGCUUCUCGGUGGAAUACUGACUCUCUCGCUCGGAGAUUCUAUGCUUCGAUUCCACAGAGAUGUCAACGAUAUGGCGACAUGUAAGGAAGUCAUCAGUACCAGCUCAGACGCCGCUGUGUAUGCUGAUACCGAAACUAUGCUCCAGGCUGUUAAUGAGCUUCGGCACAUCUUAGGUGAAGGUGCAGUCAGUGUAGAAAAGGACGAUCUGGAAAGCCACGGCUAUUCAGAAUGGUCCACUAGCAAUACAGACUCAGAGCCUGUCGCAGUGGUCAGACCCACAACCACUGAGCAAGUUUCAGCGAUUGCAAAGGUCUGCACCCGUUAUCGUGUUCCAAUGAUCCCAUAUGGGGCUGGAUCCAGUGUGGAAGGGAACAUCAGUGCCCCAUAUUCGGGUAUCUGUAUCGACCUUUCUGCCAUGGACAAGAUUGUGUCCUUUCACCCUGAUGACAUGGAUGUCGUGGUACAGCCCGGAGUCAAUUGGGUAGCUCUCAACGAAACAAUCAAGGAGAGUGGACUAUUUUUACCACUUGACCCGAGCCCUACCGCAACCAUUGGGGGGAUGGUCGCAACGAAUUGCAGUGGUACCAAUGCCAUGAGAUAUGGCACCAUGAAGGACUACGUGCUAAAUUUGACCGUCGUUCUGGCUGAUGGUUCCGUCAUUCGGACACGGCAUCGACCGAGGAAAACAUCUGCAGGAUACAACUUGAAUGCCCUGUUCACCGGAUCCGAAGGAACUUUGGGUAUUAUCACCGAAGUCACCGUCAAACUCGUUGUUUCCCCAGCUAAUCUGGGAGUGGCAACGGUGACAUUCCCCACGGUAAAGGAUGCCGCUAGCGCAGCAUCCAAAAUGAUUCGGAGUGGCGCCCCACUGGCUGCCCUGGAAUUGAUGGACGACGUACAAAUGAGAGUGAUUAAUAUGAAUGGUGGCGCCGGGGGGAGGAAGUGGGCAGAGCUUCCGACUUUAUUCAUCAAGUUCUCCGGUAGCAAUCAUACCAUCCAGGAAGGUAUUCAGCUCGCAAAAGAAGUCGCAAGACACCAUAAAUAUCUGUCCUUCGACUGCGCCAGCACAGAGGCCGAAAUUCAAUCGCUUUGGUCAGCUCGGAAGGAGGCCCUAUGGGCCUGUUUGGCAGUCCGGCCGGAGGGCACACAGAUCUGGUCGACAGAUGUCGCUGUCCCAAUAUCUAAAAUGGCGGAAAUAAUUGAUCAAUCCAAGGAACGGGCCAGUAUAUUGGGCCUAUUCCAUACUGUACUGGGCCAUGUCGGAGAUGGUAACUUCCACCAGGCUAUUAUGUACAAUCCAAGUAAAGCAGACGAGCAGAGAGCCGUGGCGAACUGCGUAGAACAAAUGAUCGAGCAGGCCGUAGAACUGGAAGGGACGGUCUCGGGGGAACACGGGAUUGGCCUCGGUAAAAAGGGAUGCCUCAUGAAAGAGCUUGGUCCCGCUACGAUUGGUGUCAUGAAGGCUUUGAAGAAUACUCUAGACCCACACUGGCUGCUAAAUCCGGGCAAAGUCUUCGAUAAAUAG